AACGUAAGUAAUUCAUUUAAUAAUGCUCAGUUCGAGCUUGGGCGGUUGAUUUCAAUCAGAAAUGGCGGUAGUGCCUCUGUUCGUCACGGUGACGAAGCUCGCUGGGCUACUAGUGACACUCACAGUCGCCGCAAAUGCCUACUCUUAUUCGCGCUUUUGGAACAAGAAUCUCCGCCCGUUCCAGUCUCCGAUCGACGAUUCCGACGGCGAGGACGACGACACUCUCGCCGACUUCAAUCUCCACGAAGGGGGAGAUGAAUUUUUCUUCGGGUUGGCAACAGCUCCAGCCCAUGUUGAGGACAGGCUAGAUGAUGCUUGGCUCCAGUUUGCAAAAGAAAAUCCUUCUGACCAAUCAGAGUCACAGGGGAACCUGCAAACAGCAGAUGCUAUAAUGGGUUCUGCUACUGGUGAUGGAGGAUCUCAGCCAGUUUCCUUACCAGGAAAAGCUGGGAAAACGGAUAAGAAAAGGAAGCCUCUUAAGAUAGCUAUGGAAGCCAUGAUUAGAGGGUAUGAGAAGUAUAUUGAAGGAGAUGGAGGAGAAGAAGUAGAAACACCUGUCCCAAACGAAGAAUCCCAUCAUAAUGUAGCUGCAUGGCACAACGUUGUGCACCCAGAAGAGAGGCUAAGGUUUUGGUCUGAUCCUGAUACAGAACUAAAAUUGGCUAAAGAUACUGGAAUCAGUGUCUUCCGAAUGGGAAUAGAUUGGUCACGAAUCAUGCCAGAAGAACCACUCAAUGGGCUAAAAGAAACUGUCAAUUAUGCAGCGUUGGAGCGAUAUAAGUGGAUAAUCAGCAGGGUCCAUUCAUAUGGAAUGAAGGUGAUGUUAACUCUGUUCCAUCACUCAUUACCACCAUGGGCUGGAGAGUAUGGAGGUUGGAAAAUGGAAAAAACAGUUGAUUAUUUCAUGGACUUUACAAAGCUUGUUGUUGACAGUGUCUCAGAUAUGAUAGACUAUUGGGUAACAUUUAAUGAGCCUCACGUCUUCAGUAUGCUUACCUAUUGUGCGGGUGCUUGGCCUGGUGGUCAUCCUGACAUGCUGGAGGCGGCCACUUCUGCUUUACCAACUGGUGUUUUCCAACAGGCUAUGCAUUGGAUGGCCAUUGCACACUCAAAGGCCUAUGAAUAUAUUCAUGAACAAAGGUCUUCAUCAAAACCAGUAGUUGGUGUGGCACACCAUGUCUCAUUUAUGCGGCCAUAUGGUCUCUUCGAUGUUGCUGCUGUUUCACUGGCGAACUCUCUGACUAUGUACUCAUAUGUGGAUAGUGUUUCUGACAAGCUCGAUUUUAUAGGCAUAAACUACUAUGGGCAGGAAGUGGUGUGUGGUGCUGGACUGAAGCUAGUAGAGACUGAUGAGUAUAGUGAAUCUGGACGUGGGGUAUAUCCAGAUGGCUUGUACCGUGUGCUUCUUCAGUUCCAUGAAAAAUAUAAACAUCUUAAUGUACCCUUCAUGAUUACUGAAAAUGGGGUAGCCGAUGAGACAGAUUUGAUCCGACGGCCAUAUCUGCUAGAGCAUUUGCUUUCUGUUUUUGCAGCCAAGACCAAGGGUGUCCGUGUGCUUGGCUACCUGUUUUGGACUAUUUCUGAUAACUGGGAGUGGGCAGAUGGAUAUGGUCCCAAGUUUGGACUUGUAGCAGUUGACCGUGCCAAUAAUCUUGCCCGGAUUCCACGUCCUUCUUACCAUCUAUUUACAAAGGUGGUGACAACAGGUAAAAUUACACGUGAUGACCGGGCACAAGCUUGGAAUGACCUCAAUCAAGCUGCUAAAGCAAAAAGAACACGACCAUUUUAUCGGGAAGUUAAUGAGCAUGGUUUGAUGUAUGCAGGAGGCCUUGAUGAACCGAUACAGCGGCCGUAUACUGACAGAGAUUGGCGAUUUGGACACUACGAGAUGGAAGGUCUCCAGGACCCCUUAAGUCGCUUCUCAAGAUUCAUUCUCCGACCUUUCUCCUUCCUCAAAAGGAAACCUAAAAAGAAGAAAUCAUUGACCGGUGAGGAGAAACUAACAAGCCUUGCCCUGGUGCAAUAAAUUGAGUAUCCUUUGUGAUUAUCCUUGGGUUUGGCAAGUUCAAGUUGUAAUCUCACCAACUUUUCAUAAUUUGGGUCUUGUGUAAUGUCUCAAAUGAAAAGUGGAGGACAUUGAUUACAUUAAACAUUAUUCGUAAAUAAGAGAUUUUGCAGUUCGCCCAA